AUGGCUUCCAAGAAUAUUAAAUGCGUAGUCGUCGGCGAUGGUGCUGUUGGAAAGACGUGUCUGCUGAUAUCUUAUACGACGAAUCAGUUUCCAAGCGAUUACGUACCCACCGUCUUCGACAAUUACCAAGCCACGGUCCUUCUCGACGGCAAGCCUGUCCUCCUUGGCCUCUGGGAUACUGCCGGUCAGGAGGAUUACGACAGGCUGAGGCCCCUUUCAUACCCCCAGACGGACAUAUUCCUUUGCUGCUUCUCUAUCCACUCUCCCGCCUCGUUCGAGAACGUCAAGUACAAGUGGUGGCCGGAAAUCUCCCACCACGCUCCAGGUGUCCCUAUCAUCCUCGUCGGCACGAAGCUCGACCUCCGAUCCGACCCGCAAGCCGUCAAUGCCCUUAGAGCCCGUAGAAUGGAGCCCAUUUCCUUUUCUCAAGGCGUUGAGCUUUCUAAAGACAUCAACGCAAUCAAGUACCUCGAGUGUUCCGCACUCACCCAAAAAGGCUUGAAAGGCGUCUUCGAUGAGGCUAUCCGUGCCGUUUUGGUGCCUCAGGGACGCAAAUCAAAGCGGAAGCAAAGAGGUUGCGUUUUGAUUUGA